AUGCUUUAUAUAAGACUUUCUAUAGCCCUGGCAGCUAUAUCAAUGCCAUUAUAUAGAAGUGCCUCCGAAAAAGGUAUAGAAAAGCACACUAUAUCCAGCCUCACCUCUCCACGUGAGCUUUCAACAUCUCUAAGUGCUGCCAAUGAAAAAAAUGUAUGCUCUAUUUAGGUCGAAUACUCCAUUAAAGCUACUAUGGGAACUCCUUCUCAGGAGUUUACUCUCUUAAUUGACACAUGAACAAAAUGGACAUGAAUUGAUUCCAAAAAUUGCAAUAGCUGUCAUGCAAGUAACAGAUUCAACUCAAAAGCUUCCCCGACUUAUAAAAAUACUACUCAGCUGAAGAGUUUUUAUACUAAUUAUGGAUAA